AUGGCCCCUCCAGCACUCGAUGCGUACCAGAUCGGUUGGAUAUGUGCCUUGCCUAUUGAGGUCGCCGCAGCCAAGCAGAUGCUCGAUGAAAACUUCGGCAUCCUGGAUGAGCAAGACAGCACAGAUACGAACUCAUACACCUUAGGUCGGGUCGGCAGACACUAUGUCGUGAUUGCUGGCCUUCCCGGCGGACAAUAUGGCACCACAUCAGCCACGGCAGUGGCGAUUAACAUGAUGCGAACAUUUUCUCGGUCGUUGCGCAUCGGGCUGAUGGUCGGCAUCGGAGGAGGGAUUCCGUCUGCCAACUGUGAUGUACGACUGGGAGACAUCGUGGUGAGCUACCCGGAAGGCACCUGCGGUGGGGUGUUUCAAUAUGACAUGGGAAAAGUUGUCGAAGGCGGCGAAUUCCAGCGGAUUGGCUCAUUAAAUAGCCCACCGCGAUCUCUGUUGACUGCAGUUGCAAAUAUGAGAGCGUCUGUGUUAACCGAUGACCCGAGCUAUCCGGAAUAUAUUGAAAAGGCAACUCAAAGAACUGCGCGGACACGGCAAAGUUUUGGUAGACCUAAUGCGCCCACAGACCGCCUAUUCAAGAUUGAGUACGACCAUCCUACGGCUAAAGCAAUGUGCGAGGCUUGUCUGCCAGAGUGGGAAGAGAAAAGAGACGCUCGCGAAGAACCUGAACCACAAGUAUUCUAUGGCAUCAUUGCGUCGGGAAAUGCAGUGAUAAAACACGGAACAACCAGAGAACUCCUUCGUCGUGAGACUGGAGCACUUUGCUUCGAAAUGGAGGCGGCCGGUCUAAUGAUGGAUUUCCCUUGUAUCGUCGUCCGCGGGAUAUGCGACUAUGCCGAUUCACAUAAGAACAAGCAAUGGCAAGGAUAUGCUGCCCUAGCCGCGGCAUCGUAUGCAAAAGAACUACUUAGCUAUGUACCUGUUGGCCAGGCAUCUCAAGAGAAAUUGGCCAGUGAAAUCUGCAGUAAGUAA